AUGUACUCAACAGCGGUUAAUAAUUAUAGUAAGACUAUUAAUAACAAUCGAGUGAGCAGCGCCAGGGUCGUCUGGGAGGACCAGGCGCUGCACGUCAAGGGUGACGCUGAAGUGGAAAUAGAAAAAUAUGAUGCUGACAGAGGCAAACAAACAAAACAAAUUGGAAAGGCGAGACCGAGAGGUCGUAUAAAGGUGACUGUACUACCAAAACUGCAAUACUGUCGCGUCGUUAGCAGAGAAUGCUGCGGGGCGGGGGGCGCGGCGUACACGUCGGACGCGGUGGAGAGGCACUUGUGCAGUUUGCGGGUACCUUGCGAGCGCGAGCGCCGCACCGCACGAGUUCCUGCGGGGCCCCCCGCACCCGGCGCCGGCCCGCCGCAGGCCCCCGUCGGCCCCCCGCCAGGCCCCGCCGGGCCCCCGCAGCCUCCGCCCGGCCCGUUCAUCUACAACACACACACACAGGUCCGACCUCCGACACACCCCUACCGACGUACGCGCACACCACCGCCUCCCCUAGCGAUAUAUGUUCCUGCUGAUAUAAGUUUAUGUGGCGAUACAAACCAAAAAUGA